AUGAAAUCAAGCGUCUGCGAUAUAGCUCCCACGGGUUUGAAAAUGGCGUCGACUUUCAUAGGAAACUCGACUUCGAUCCAGGAAAUGUUCAGGCGUGUGAGUGAACAGUUCACUGCUAUGUUCAGGAGAAAAGCUUUCCUUCAUUGGUAUACGGGAGAAGGAAUGGACGAGAUGGAGUUCACGAAGCUGAGAAGUACCAGCAAUAUCAGGAUGCUACAGUGGGUGAAGAGGAGUAUGAGGAGGACGAGGAAGAAGAAAGAAGGAGCUUAA